AAUCCAAAAAACAUAAUAGGCUUAUUUCACCCCUUAAUUUUUACUCCUUGAAAAUUAGAUAGUUUAUUUACAUGAGUUUUUCUUAUAAAAAUGUAUACAUUUUGUUCUUAUUACUUCUUCCUGGAAAAGAAAGUUCUAUUUUCCUUUUUAUACAAAUAUGCAAAAUCAUAUUGAAGAAAAUACAAAUGCAUCAUUUUCACCACAAUCCACCGAGAAAAUUUUAUUUGAUUAUUUGAAACACCAAUUCGUAGAAAGAAACCAACAAGAGCAAAAUUUAGUCUAUUAUCAAGAAAAUCAAAACUAUAAUACUAUCAUUUAUGCAGAACAACAACAGUUGUUUUCAACAGCUAUUUGGGAUGACAACUUCAUGUCUUUAGAAGAAGAGCAAGACAAUAUUGUGAUUCAACUCAACAAUUUCUCUGACCUUCAAACCGCACUGAAAGAUAUCGAAGAACUUGAAACUCAUCCCACAUCUUCUUCCCUGAGAGUUCGUGCACAAAACCGAAAGUCAAAAUGCUGGUCUACUACAGAGGGAGACCUGGUAAACCUUUCCAGCGCUGAAUUUACUUUACCACCCUCUAUACAGCUCAAUAUUGAAAGCUUACAAAUAAUCGAUAUUCUUAUUGACAGAGCAGUGAAACACUGGUGCUGUAUCGGCUUCAGAGUAGCUCCCAUCAGUGUCGACAUGAUCAAGGACUGGCGACGCGCUCCUCGAGCAAUUGUGUACUGUAUUGCUUCUAUCACUCUUGUUAGCCAUAUGGAACAUCAAUCAGAAAGUGAUAUUUCAUACUCUAAACAAUUAGCAUUUGUGCUUUAUGAGCAAGCAAGAAAAAAUGUGGGUGAUAUCCUGGUUGAUGAUAUGCAACCUAUUAUUAUCCAAUCUUAUUUUUGCUUGAGCUAUACUUCCAAUCUCCUUCGAUUGUAUGAACAACAACGUACUUGGGGUGGACUAGCAUCCAUCUCAUUGCAACAUUUGGCAACAGCCGCUACCAACACGAAGAAAGCAAGCGCACCUUCUCUAUUGACAUACCCAACAAAGACAUUAGCAACAAUCAAUAUGGAUGAGGCCAUACUGGGAUGCUGGUUUCGCUGGUACUACAUUGAUGCUUGGAUGUGUCUUACCCUAAACAGAGACUGUUUGUUGCCUGGCUCUGUACCAUGGCUUGAUAUGCAACAAGUAGAAAGAAUCUCUCUUCAGAAACCAAAGACGGACCCGCACCAACUCUACAGCUUUGCUGUCCUCGCGCACUAUAUGCGUCGUUACAUUCGAGCACUCCAGUCUGGAAGACUUUUUGCCUUUCAAACAACCAUGGCGAAUUCUCCACACCGGCAACAAAGAGUACCUUCUAAACUCUAUUACGAAAUUACUCAGGGGCUAACUCAGUGGUAUGCGCAAUUGCCUAAACACAAAACCAUCGCCGAGCUUCAUUUCCAUCUUUGCUAUAAUUCAGUGCGUCUUAUUGUGCUUUAUCAGUUUCUGCAUCCUCAGUUCUCGCCGCCUCAUGAUAUCUUAACUGACUGCCUCCUGACCAACUUGGAACUGUUGGAGGCAUUGAUUCAACUCAAGAAGGGAGGAUGCGAUCAAAGUACGUACCAUCAUAUGUUUUUCGCUAUCCACAAUACAGCCAAACGCAUAUUUCAAUAUAAUAUCGCACAAUUCAAGUAUGAUAUUGAAGAACAGUUCAAGACAAAUCUAAUACUGUUGAAGAGUACACAAGCUUAUGCACACGAUGUAUUCAAGAUGAAGAUGUAUGCAAAAGACAUUGAAGACCAACUGAAUCGCAUGAAUAUCACAGUCGAUUUCAAAAAAUACGAGGGAAACACAUUUGUGUUCAAACAGAACCAAACGCAUUCAAAUGAUAUUCAUAGGCCCAUGACAAUGCCACAAUUAUUGCCACCUUCUUUUCUACCAUUAUUUCAACAACGAAAAUCUGCAGAGAGCAGCAAUGCAUAUAAAAUCUUUAUGUUCAAGCAACAAACAUUAGAAAAGCAUUUAAAAAAAUCGUUUAAGAAGAAAAAGGUUCUUUAAGUUAUUGCUUGCUGGUUAAGAAAUAAUAAACAUAUAUUUUUCAUUGG